AUGGAAGGAGGUGCGGGAAGAGAGCAGGGGGGCGAGUGCGAGACGAAGGCCCUCUUGUGGGGCAACUCCGAGCUGGACCUCAACGCCCCACACGACUCUGGUGACGUCGACCCCGCGGCCGAGGGUUCAACCAACAACAAAAAGAAGAAGAAGAAGGCGGUCUGCCUGUUCGGCGUGAAGGUGGAGUUCACCGACGACGACGACGACGAAACCAUCGGCGGCGGCGUCGGCGAAAAAGACGUGGACGCGGCGGUGGCGACGACGACGAACGUCGCCGCAGCGCCUGGGCAGCCGCCGAAGAAGAAGACGAAGAGGAGGAGAAAGGGCGGCGGCGGCCUCGAAGAGCGUCAGCGGAAGUGGGAGGCCAAGUAUGCGCAGGUCAAGGCGUGGAUCGCGGAGCACGGCGGCCAACUGCCGACCCCGACGCAGAGCCGAGCGCUCUACCUGUGGCUCCACUACAACCGGGGCAGCCGGGGCUGGCCCAGGCUCGAUCUCGAGCAGGUCGACAAGCUGGCGGCCCUCGGCAUCGGUAGGUCGGCAGAGGAGGGGCACGACGACGAAACGAAGAAGAAGAAGCAGAAGCAGAAAGCCAAGAGGAGAACAAACCACAAACGGCAGAAGAGGGAAGAGGAGCCGAUCACGUCAACGACCACGACCACAACCACCACCACGACGACGACCACGACGAUGGCCACGACGUCCACGAUGACCACGCCGCCGCUAAAGGCGCGAAAGUACACAACGUGGGCGUUUCGAUUCGAGGAGUUGCGCGAGUACCGCGAGCUGCACGUCGCUCAGCCACUGCCGGGCCAGCACGACAGCCCGCUUGGCGCAUGGCUCCACAACCAGCGGUAUCGGAUCAACUCGGGUCGCAUGACCAACGAGGACAAGAUCGCCAAGCUCGCCGCCCUCGGCAUUGCCCUCUCGCCGCCCGCCAUGGAGUUCAUCCCAGAGAUUGACCUUUAG